AUGGCAGGAUUCAAACACAAAAGCUUCAUGGCAAGACACAUCAUGAAGUCGAAUAACAACAACAAUAAUGUUAAAGAUUCAUCAUGGGAUUAUUAUGGAAAUGAAAAUCAUUUCGCUUGGCCUCCAAGAUGUUACACAUGUAGCUUUUGUAAAAGGGAAUUCAGAUGUGCCCAAGCUCUUGGCGGACAUAUGAAUGUUCAUAGAAGAGAUAGAGCUAGGUUAUUGAGACACCACUCACCACCUACACAUCAUCAUUCUCUUCUAAACCUUAAUCUUGAUCCAAACCCUAACCCUAGUUUUUCAUCAUCCCCACCACCCUCUCCUUUUACUUCCAGAUUAUCUUUUCCCUCUUAUAAUGCUGCUGGUGGUUCUGAAAUGAGGAGAUGGGAAAAGGGUGUUGUUCCAAACAAUCCCUUGAAAACUGCCAAAGUAGUUUUUGGAGUUGAGAAACUUGGCUCUUUCAUGCAAGAAAAUGAAUUUCUGAGAUUGGACUUGGAAAUUGGCAGCUUGGUCACUGAAUCAAAGCAAGAUUUGGAUCUGGAACUUCGAUUGGGAUACACUUAA